CCGGAUCAUCCAUCACUUCACUCGUACAUUCUUUGCAGACUCCAACCAACAUCGUUUGGAAUGUCUAGUCAUGGGUUCCUCACCCUAAUCACAUCUUUAAAAAUUCAACCUGUUUUCUUAGUAGUAGUUUGCUUAAUUUUUAUUUGAAAUUUAAUCAUUUCAUGUCCAUAAAAGUAUUGUAAAAAGUUACAGCAGUUGCAAAUUAAGAAUAUAUGAAAAUAUACAUGUGCAUACUGUAUCAACAUCCCUGAUACUUACAUGAGAGAAAAAUAUUGAAAAUCCCAGAAAAAAGAAAUAAAGAGUUGGGAUGGGGUGGAAGCCCAAACAUAUGAUAUGAUAUGAGGAUGGAAAUGGAGGGAGGGAAGCCAUAAAUUGUAUAGUUAAACAAGACAAAAGGAAAAGAUGGAUGACGAUGGGUUUGGGUUGUUUGAAGGGAUGGAUUUGUUUACGCCUUCUCAAUUGGAUGAGCAGCAUCUCAUCGCUUCAAUUCAAGGUCCCGCCGCCCCUAAUAAUGAAGAUAGCAGCAGCUGUACCACCCCACCUCAACAACAACAGCAGAGAGGGAUCCAAUUAGACGAGAACCUCUUCUCUGAUCUCACCCUCGUUGCCUCCCAUCUCCAAACCCAAUCAUCCGAUGAUCCUAUUCCCGCUGCUCCAUCACCCACUCCUAGAAAAAACAAAAAGAAGAAGAGAGCUGCUACACUCAAGAUCGGCUAUGCUAGACAAUCGCAUGAUGAUGCCGAAGAAGACGAUGAUAUUGAUCUACCUCCUUCUUCUUCCACUCAUGCCAUUGAAGCUACAACUCCAGAUUCCCAAUUUCAACGUCUCAAGUCACAGAUUUCCGACAAACUCCAGCGCUUUAUCCCCUCGGCUGCCUCUAUCUCCUCAGCUCGCAAGGAUGCCAUCAGCUGCAGAAGAAAGGCUGCUCACCAUCUCAAUUCUGCUUCCUCCAAACAUAAGGAUCUCGAAUUGCAGCUGGAGGCCGCCUGCGAGGCUGAAGAUUUUGAGUCCGCGCAAAGGAUUAGUGACUGCCUUGCUGCCUCUGACAAUCACAGGCACUCCCUUCUCCUUGCUCUCAAAGAUGCUGAGGCCCUCUGCAAUUCCCUCGAUUCUAAUAUGCAUCAUCUUCUCGAUUCUCAGAUUCUAGCAGAGCAACAAUGUGCUGCUCUUCUCUCUACUUUCGCUAAGGAUGCUGAAACCAAUGCUGAUUUGGUCUUUAAGAAAGCUCACCUGCUUUCUUCUCAACAAUUGGAUGACUGGUUCUCCUCCACCGAGGCCUUGGAGGCCAAGAAGAUUGAGUUGGAUAUCCAAUCUCAUAUUCUCAAGGAGGCACGCCAGCUCGUCAAUACCUCCAUCGAUCAUUCUGUUGCAGACUACAAGAUACAACAAGACAUUCUUUAUAACAAAAAGGACCUCCUCAAUGAUGAACUCCAUCAACUGCUUGCUUUAGUCAAAGCCAAGCAAUACGAGAUUGCUGAAAAUGAUUCUAACAUCCAAGCAAUUGAGCAAACCAUAUCCGACGUGGCCUCUGGUUUUCAGGACACCCAAUCAAGCAUCAAUGCUAAGUAUCAUCACUUGCAAUCAGAACUUUCUCAUGUGCAUUUAAGUAAUGAAUCCUUAUCCAAGAAAAGGGAGGAGAUUGAUCGGUUUCUCGCUGAUGAAGAAGCGCAUGGAGCAAAGCUGAGGGAACUAGCCCGGGCUGCCGAAGAAGAAGCCAAGGCAUAUCAGGAAGUUAUUGAACUGAGGCAAAGCUUAAUGCUGUCCGUUUUCAAGUCAAGGGAAGACAGAGUCAGUCUAGCAGAGACAGAAGAGAAACUUGUUGAGGAUGUCCAAUCACUCCAACAGGAAGCUUCUUCAGCUAGAGAUUUCCUACAGGAACUAUCUUCAACAAAGUCAAACAUCCAGAAAAGUAUAGCAUCCUUCAAGCAGAGGAUCUUUUUCAUUGAUAAACGAGCUCCAGAGCUAGAAGCAGAAAAGAAAGUCGCUGCUGCAGCAAGAAAUUUCAAGGAGGCAGCAAGAAUAGCUGCUGAGGCCAAGUCAUUGAGUGUUGAGAAGGAUGGUAUGCAGGUUGACUUGGAAAAAGCGACUGCGGAGCUGGAGAAGUUAGAGGAAGAUAUUAAAAACACCAUUAGCAGAUUGCAGGAUACUGAAAAACUGAUUUCAUCCAAGGAAAAGGAAGUUGCAAUGGCUAGAUUCCAUAGCUUGCUUUUAAUUGCUGGUGUUGCAAGAGCUGAAAGUGCUGCUGCCUUGGAGCUGGGAGACACUGAAGAAGCGAAACUUCUCUUUGCAGAGGCCGAAGCAGCUAAUGCUGAAGCAAAGAAACUUCAACCAAUAUACAAUUUCAAUGAAGAAGAUUUGCCAAAUUUACCAAAACAUUUCAUCUCUGUGGAACUUAUAAGCAAGCUCGGAAGAAAGCAGUUAGUAGAAUUAGCUGCAUCUGUUGAUGUUUCUGCAUCGAGAUAAUUGGAGCCAGAUUGAGUAUUUUUGGAUAUGUCAAUGAAGAGAGAUUCAAGAUCCAGUUUGCAUUCUGAUUUGUAGUGAUUAUGGGAAGUUACAAGUGGUCAUAAAUUUCAUUUUGGGGGACUGAUAAAUAUGAUCACCAUCUUCCUGGUUGUACCUUAAGGCGAUAGAUGCCUUGAGAUAACACUUGAUGCAUUCUCCACUUGUACUUUUACUGUAUAACAGGUUAGGCAUCAUUAUCUUGCUCAUAGUUCUUUGAUGUCUUUUAUGUGAUCUCAGCUCAUGAGAGUAAUUGGUGAUUACUCUUUUGCUGUCUGUAAUUAAAAUUUUGAGCUUUUGUGUGGCAUUGGUAUGUUUGCAAAAACAAAAUUGUUAAUGUUGAGUCAAAAUCUGUAACUUUAGUCAGGUUCAAAUGUGCAAAAACUAAUAUGCUUUUUAUUAGUUCAAGUUUUUCAUAUUUUAUUA